AUGGUUUUAUUACAUGACAAAAGUUUACGCGACAGUGACUUUAUGACAGUCAAUGAGAGUGCUAGCAAAGAACGUAUGUGGUGCUUGUUAGAGAACAAGCUAGUACCGCCAUAUGUACGAAAUGCAAUAGUUAGAGCAGCAAUUCAAGCUACUUACCACACUGAUACUAUAUUAGCAAGUAUCGGUGGCACAGGUGCAUCUAUCGCCAGUGAUGGUCGUAGACCGGGUGCGGAAAUCGACACACCGAUAGAUAAUCUUGGCGAUGAUGAUGCGGCAGCUUUGAUUGCUAGAGGUGAGCAUUUAGCGGAAAAUGAUGAAGAAUUGGUUGUAACUGAUUACAAUGAGGCAGUACAAGGUAGUAUACCACUGAUUGAUAGAACCUGGCUUGGAAAUCGCUCUAAGGAAGAGUUAGAGGGAUUGAGCGAUAUUGUAAAGGACUUAUUCUAUGCAUUGUAUAAUUCGGUCUAUCGAGGCGAUAUUAACGCCUUAGAGUAA